AUGGGGCUUAAUUUUUGUAGUUUUGAGAAGUUUGUGGCUGGCUGUUACCUCGGAGAGAUUGUCCGUCAUAUGAUUGUAUUCCUCACGGAGAAAAACCAGCUAUUCGGCGGCAACCUACCAAUGAGCCUGAAGAAUCCAUACACAUUUCCCACAAAGUAUAUCUGCGAAAUAGAAAGAGACCCUCCUCAUCUUUUCUACACCACGGAAUAUAUUCUGCGGGAGGACUUAAAAAUCCCAAAUCUGAAGAUGGACGAUCUUCGGAUCGUGCGCUACGUUUGCAGCGCAGUGGCUCAUCGUUCCGCCUGUCUGGCCGCUGCCGGUAAGUUUUGUAUCGAGUUUUUUUCCAUAUACACAAAUGCAGUUUAUAACCCGUUCCAGCUCAGGAGGAGAUCAUGGAUUUCGGACGCUUUUUUUCCAAGAUGA